UACUUUCUUCUGAGAUGCUUGGGAAAAUUGGAUAAAAAGACUUAUAUGCAAAGGAAGUCAAUUUUUAUGGGAAUGUAGAAGAGGAAAGAGACUAAAUACGGCGUCCAUACUGUAGCGAAAGUGCGGCUGAGGUUAGGCAGCUGUAUUUCCCUCAUGGCCCUCCCCCUCACCCUCCGCCUUCACCGAAGCGAAUGAAAACAAACGCUAAUGAUGGCGGCGCCGGGAAGCGACCGGCUGGUGGGUCUACAGCAGGAGUGAUCGCUUGAGCUGUGACGGGAGCCUUGAAGAGCGCUGGUCGACGGGAAUGCGACAACUCGCGCGGUCCUGGAAGCGAAACACCUGGGGCCUGCGAGCCACGAGCGUCCUGAGGCGUGAGGUUAUCUGUCUGUGACCCGUGCUGUCACUGCAGCUCCGGAGCGCGGAGCCCUCAGCCAGGAGGCGCAGCUGGCCGGCCCCAGGCCCCGGCCUCCGUAAUGAGAGCUCCGAGCCACUCUCUGUGUCGCAGCUUCGCAGAUACCUAUAGGCAAUGGAAACUGAUCUCAAUUCCCAGGACAGAAAGGACCUGGACAAGUUCAUUAAAUUUUUUGCCCUCAAGACUGUCCAAGUGAUUGUCCAGGCUCGACUUGGCGAGAAGAUUUGUACUCGUUCCUCUUCAUCCCCAACGGGUUCAGAUUGGUUCAAUUUGGCAAUCAAAGACAUCCCAGAGGUUACACAUGAAGCAAAGAAGGCGCUGGCAGGGCAGCUGCCUGCCGUGGGGAGAUCUAUGUGUGUGGAGAUCUCCCUUAAGACUUCUGAGGGAGAUUCCAUGGAGCUAGAAAUUUGGUGUCUUGAAAUGAAUGAAAAGUGUGAUAAAGAAAUCAAAGUUUCCUACACGGUGUACAACAGACUGUCGUUGCUGCUGAAGUCUCUCCUUGCUAUCACUAGAGUGACACCAGCUUACAGACUCUCCAGAAAACAAGGGCAUGAAUAUGUCAUAUUGUACAGGAUAUAUUUUGGGGAAGUUCAGCUGAAUGGCUUAGGAGAAGGUUUCCAGACAGUUCGUGUUGGGACAGUGGGCACCCCAGUGGGCACCAUCACUCUUUCUUGUGCUUACAGAAUUAACUUGGCAUUCAUGUCCACCAGGCAAUUUGAGAGGACCCCACCUAUCAUGGGGAUUAUCAUUGAUCACUUUGUGGACCGUCCCUAUCCCAGCUCCUCGCCCAUGCACCCCUGCAAUUACAGAACCGCUGGUGAGGACACUGGAGUAACAUAUCCUUCUGUGGAAGAUUCUCAAGAAGUGUGUACCACUUCUUUUUCCACCUCCCCUCCAUCCCAGCUCUCAAGCUCUCGCCUUUCCUAUCAACCUGCUGCCCUGGGCGUUGGAUCAGCUGACCUGGCUUAUCCAGUAGUGUUUGCUGCUGGCUUAACUGCCACACAACCUCACCAGCUAAUGGUUCCCGGGAAGGAAGGUGGGGUACCCCUUGCUCCCAACCAGCCUGCCCACGGUGCCCAGGCUGACCAGGAGAGAUUGGCAACCUACACCCCUUCUGACGGGGCCCACUGUGCUGCCACACCUUCCAGCAGCGAGGAUACUGAAACUGUAUCAAACAGCAGUGAGGGACGGGCCUCCCCCCACGAUGUCUUGGAGACCAUCUUUGUCCGAAAAGUGGGGGCUUUUGUCAACAAACCCAUCAACCAGGUGACCCUGACCAGUUUGGACAUACCUUUUGCCAUGUUUGCUCCCAAGAAUUUGGAGCUGGAGGAUGCUGAUCCCAUGGUGAAUCCUCCGGAUUCCCCAGAGACUGAAUCUCCUCUCCAGGGCAGCCUGCACUCUGAUGGCUCCAGCGGCGGCAGCAGUGGCAAUACUCACGACGACUUUGUUAUGAUUGACUUUAAACCGGCCUUUUCUAAAGAUGACAUUCUUCCAAUGGACUUGGGGACCUUCUAUCGUGAAUUUCAGAACCCCCCUCAGCUGAGCAGCCUCUCCAUAGAUAUUGGGGCACAGUCCAUGGCCGAAGACUUGGACUCACUACCAGAGAAGCUGGCUGUGCACGAGAAGAAUGUCCGAGAAUUUGAUGCCUUUGUAGAAACCCUGCAGUAAAAGUUGGUGUCCUCGAGUACCAGCGUCCCCUUUCUGUGGUCCCAGGAGACAAAGAGCCUCUCACUCAUCAGCUGCUCCCAUCCCUGGUCCUGCUCCAAGCCAGGUGGAGGGGAGGCUGGGGACCCCGACAUCCCUGCUCUUGUACCUCCUGGAGACUCCAUGGCAGCAGUCAAGCCCAGUAAUAGCAUUUGAGAGGACUCAGCCUCUGGCCCUGGAGAUGGGAAGACCUUUUGUAACAAAAGGGCCCUCCACAGGGCCAUCUGCUUACACUGCCCAUCAGCAUCUGCUUCACAAAGGUUGUCAUCCUGUUCCUCCUGCUGCCGGCCCCCUGCCCUGGGGCUGCCCUGCAGCUGGCCCCUCGCCUGCCUGCUGUUACCAUCACCAUUUGACAUUCCAGCUGGUGGCCCAGAGCCUGGGGUGGUGGCAGAAAGAGGAAGGAGUCGGUGCUGGGAGGAAGAAGGAAGGACUCCUUCAGGCUUUCUAUGUUGUUUCCCUUAGUUCUGGUAUCUUCUUCCUCUCUCUGCCCCUGUGCCUCUACUUUUGGCAGUAUGACAGGCCUCCUACCCAACUCCAAAGUCAGCCAUUCCCCCCUUGAAGGUGUGCCAGCUCAUCCCUUAACAGAAGGUCUGAGCAGCCCUGGUGGCUGCCUGUGCUCAGCUCCUCAGCUACGUGGAAACACAGUCCUGUGUCUCUAGGAUUCUGUCAUUAGGCGUCACAGCAAAGGUUCUUCUCUUUCCUCUCCUCCCUCCCCAUUGCUGCUCCUUGGUUAUAGAACACGGUAAUUAUUUAUUACUUUCAGAGAAAUCAGAUAUUUUAUAGAGAAAAUAUGUUUGAGGUUAGAUGUUUUCACUUGGGGAUGGUGGAGGGCCUCUCCCUGGGGCAGAGCCUCCUUCUGUGGAGGUUCCUCAGAUUCUGGGUUGCUGCUCUGAGGAUCUUCCUUCCCAUAUAUAUAGGGUAGGAUCCAAGAAGAUGGCUGGCUGAGGGCAACAGAACCUCCCAGAAUCUCUGCAUUUGAACUGACAACAGGCUUUACCUUGGACACUCACAUAUUCCUGGUGAGAGCCUUGAAUCUCUCAUAGCUUCUGCAGAGUGACUGACUCUGUUCUGGCAGCCCAGGAGAUCUUGGGUGCCAAGUGUGUUGACUCCCCAGGUUUGUGCCACAUACAGUGCCCAAGGGGCAUUGUGUGUGCCCUGCUGUGGACCCGGGGAAGGCCAGACAGCCCCUCCUUCUGGGGUACUUGUUCCUGUUUCUUGGGGCUGAGUUACGGGCUUUUUCCUCUGUCUGCCUGGGCCUGGCUGCCACCUUCCUUUAAUCCCGGGGUCUGUACACUGCCCUGAGGUUUACUGGUUGGACUGGUUCCUUGUUAAGAAACCAAAGCUGGGCAUAUGAUUGACUUAACCCUUCAGGUAUUGUUACUUGAGUAAGUCAAGUGCCUAGCUUCACCCACCUACCAUUUGUCUCUCCCAGCCUAACUGGUAGUCCUGGCCCCGGAAAACGAGGCCUGCCCCCUUCCUCCUGGCCCACCUGGGGUAUUCAUUGGCAGCAGCUAUUGUUCUGCUGUGGAGCAGGUGGCCCUCAAUUGCUUGUUAGUAAAUGCAUGUGACAUUGUUCCCACCUACAAGGCUGACCUCUGAGGGCCGGAGUAGGCUCUGAUGCUGUCUCAGGCUGAGCCCUGCCCCUGUGCGUGCGUUCUGCUGCCACAAAGAAGUGUUCCCAGCAGUGGUGUCUAACUGGCCCUCCUAUCUUUGGGCCAAAGCACACCGAUGGCCUGCUAAACCAAUCCAGAUUUACCUGCAAGGCCCCAGCGCUGAGAGGGGUGAAGGCCCUGGCAAGUUUGAUUGCCUCCCCCACCUGGCCCCAAUAGCUCAGCUGCUGCCCUCCUUCCAAGGCCAAACAUGGAAAGGCCUGUUAGCCAUUGUCCUCUUUGACUCCCAACUGUUGGCCUCUGCAGGCAGCAGCCUUUCUUCAGGACCCCAUCAGUGAGGCCAGGGAGGCUGAGCCCUGACUUUGAGCUGAGCCUGGGAGGAGCAGAGCAACUGUCAAGGCCGGCCCUUGCCCCUCAGCCCUGUACAAUAAAAGGUAUGAGCCCUAAACUGAUGCCUGCAGCCCCCUCGGACUGGGACCAGUCAUCUGUCUCCAGGUGGCAGAGUCCCUCCCGCUCCUCCAGCCUAUCUUGUUUGGAAAUACUGAGCUAGCCUUUAAAAUGUAUUCAAGAGAUUUCCAAUAAAAUUUUUUCUGUA